AUGCAAGUAAUCAAAGGGAUUAUUACUGAUCUUGUCGCCCAUUUCAAAUCAGACGACAUCGCAAAUAAAUUCUGUUCGUGGCACGAGUAUGAGAUCCCUGUUAUUAAACCAACGUGGGAAGAAGCCAAAAGUGAAGUAUUAAGGUGCAUCUCCGAAAGAGCGCGGGAGUUUAUACAGGAAUGGGAAGAUGAGAAACAUCAUUUUGCCAAAAGCUACGUUUCCCUGAUUCGACUUUGUAUCGAGAAGUAUGACAUCAUGGAAGAAGAUCUCAGAAACGUAGAAGAAGGAGCUCUUUCUGAAAAUUCAGUGCAGAACAGGCCCAACGGUGCAUACUCCACGCUACCAACAAUUCAACCUAAAACACUUCUUAAAAAACCUCCAUCAGGCAAGGCUCCAGUAUGGCACCGACAAGGUUUGGCGUCAGUGGUACUUAGAACUACUCUCAUGGCUUCUCUAACUAAGAAAUUAAAAAGGAAUUUCCAAUACAAAAAGAAGCUGGAAGAUUUCAAAACUAAUCCGAAUUCAUACAUGGAGAAGAAAUCUAAGAAGUGCCUGAGGAUCAUUGCGAAUGAGGAUAGCUUGCUCCCCUUCAUAAAUGAGCAGUUGGAGGAUGCCGUUCAGUUCCUGGUUCAGAUUAAAGCCGAAAUUCCUCGAAUUAGAGAUGAGGAACUACUAUGGAACCAAGAUGAUAAAUAUAUUGUUGGAAAAGGAACCUUUUCCUCUGUUUACAGUGGUAUUCUCUUGCAAGAAGGACAACCAGAAACAAAGGUGGCGCUCAAAGUCAACAAUAGCUCUCUUAGGAGCAGCAACGUUUGGCAUUCUACCAAGGAGGAAAAAGUUCUCAGUGCUCCCGCACGCUCUGAAGAUCAAGUGGCGCGCAAAAAGGUGUUGCUCUGGGCUCUGCAGAUCAUAGAUGCCUUGAGUUAUGUCCAUCAACAAGGAUAUGUCCACCGAGAUCUAAAAAUGGAUAAUGUAUUGUUGACAGCUGAUAACAGAGUGAAACUAUCUGGUACGGGUACGUUGUGCGGAUCUCUUCUUUACAUGGCACCAGAUAUCUUGGCUGGCGAAAUGUACGACAAAAAGGCGGAUAUGUACAGCUUUGGUGUGUUACUUUGGGAGAUGUGUUACGCAGAAACAGCCUUUGAAAUAGAGCUCUUCACCCAGCAUUCACAGUUCCAGCUUCUAGAUCAAAUAAAAGAUGGACUUCGCCCAACACACAUCAAAGGAACGCACGAACCCUUGGGCUCUUGGGAAAUGUAG